AAUAACAUUACAUGAGCAAAAUUAAAAAAUGUAAUUAUAGCCACUUACAACUACAUUACAGUGUGUUAUAAUUGAAAUGUUUAUACAGUAUAACAAAAAAUACAGCAAACAGUAAACAUAAAAUGCUAAAUAGGGGGACUUAAAGUAAAGCGUUACCUUUUUAAUCUGUCACAAAUGGGGUGAUUUUCGAUGUAAAUGGUAAUGGUUCGAUGUAAAAGAUCUCGUUCCAUUUUUCUUACCGUUUCACCCUUCAAUGCUUUUCUCUGUAGUUUCCGCACAAACCUUUUUCCCGCCAGGCGUGGUCACAGCAGUCGAAGAAAUUAUUCUAUAGAAUAUUCUAGAAUUAUUUCUUUAUCCGCGCGUGAAUGAAAUUGUUGACGAUGGAAUCUUCCGGGAAGGCGACGUGAACAGGUAACGUAGAUCUUAUUGGAACGUGGCCCGCGUGCUGUUGCUAGGAGGCGCUGUUGGAGCCCGGAAGAGUUGAAAAUGAGGAUGAUGAAGAUGAUGGGCAACCCGAGAUUGAGAGGGGAAAUAUAAGGUCCACGUUAUAGCCGCCACUUUGUUGCCUCCCUGCGACAUUUGUCAGUGUCUAACACUCACCAUCGGUAGAAAGGAAAGGAAAAAUCGCUUUUUUUAUACUGUGAAGCUGGGUGACGAGGCUACAUGGUGCGUGUCUCCUAUUCAGACUGUGGAUGUGUGGGUGUCCAGAGAUGGAAAGCUAUGAGGAGUUUUGCCUGCGGAGUUUGGCCAUACUGCAGGAGGAGGGGAAAUUCAAGAAGACAACAUGUGAGCCACUGUGUUCCCUGAAGGCUCGCUCUGUCAUCUGCUUUCAUGGAAGAGCUGUGCUUUCGCCACUGUUGAGUGCAGAGCAGCGCAGGGAGAUGUGCGGCCACAGACAGAGGGCGGUCCAGCAGGAGCUGGACAGGCAGAACCAGCAGAGGAACAAGCUUUUGGCCCGAGUUCAGGACAUUCUGGAUCAAGCUCAGACACACACACAGAAGCUACAGAGUGACGAGGUUGACAAGCUGCCCGUUUCUAAAUCUGCGACAGUCAGUGGCUACACCCUGGUCACUGACUCACCUGGACUUCCCAGAGACCCUGGAUGUGGGCUUCAGACAAAUGAUCGACCUGCCACUCCCUGCUCUGAGACCCCCACCCUCAAUGGCUUCAAGGCAGUGGAGGAAAUGAAGGUGGACAAAGAAGAGAAAAGUGAUGAGGAAGAGGAGGAGGAGGAAGAGGACAUUAGUUUGGACAGCCUUCUUAAGAGAUCAAGAGAGUAUGUGAAGAGAGAGCAGAGUCAGCAGGGGUCAAAAGUUGUCCACACAGUCACCCGGACUGCCCCGUCUGAGGUGGUUUCUGACAAGGAGAAUAAGAGCUGUAGUCCUGUGGGGGACACAGGCGUUGAAUUUGGAUUCAGUCUGCAUCAUAGUCCUAUUGGCACACCUCAGAUCCAGCACCAAACUCCGUAUGACCCCAGUGUCCAACAGUCUGGCUGCCUCUCUCCUACUCUACCCGACCGGUAUGUUCGUCUCCCCAGUCCUGAGUCUGGCAUUAGUCCCCGUGCACGGAGACGCAGACCACGCCCAGUAUCUACGGGCAACAUCCAUAUUUCAUUUCCGAUUGGCCCAGCAGACCUUAUACCCCGAAGCCCAGGAAGGUCAGGGGAAGGUGCGAGCAUGGCAGAUUGGGGAGAAGCUCUCGCAGGAGUCAUAAAGUCCUCUGGUCACUGGGGCUCAGUGGGGAAUGAAGGUGCUAGCAGGAGUGGCAAUCGUCGAUCCAGUCACUGUGGAACCAGUCCAGUGCGCGAGGCCUGUAGUCCCAUUAGUGCCUCAGUGCCCAGCCCGAUGGGACACCAUGACCACCUGGCUGCAGGUUUUCGCCGGCGCUGCCACACCCUGGACAGCCAGUUGAACACCUACCCCUCUGGAGUUGAGCACAUAGACCGCAGCCAGGAAAGAGUGCCUCGCUUCAUGGCAGGAGUUACAUGGUUGGCUCCAAGUCGGCGCACCCCUGCAGCUCCUUUAAACCAGUCGUAUGAGGUAGAGAAUCCUUCACUAUCUCUGCUGAGGCCCCGUGUGACUCCUGACUUGCCUCAGGUCACACUCAGGGUGGAACCUGACGAUCACCAGGGGCCAAACAAUGGAAGGAUCACACCAGCAGUCCUCAGAAAUGCACCUGAAACACAGGCCAGCAACACAGAGGAGACCCAGAGGCGAGCGCAGGCUCUAGAGGACAUGCAAAGGCGUCUGGAGGAGGAGCAUGCCUUGCAGAUGUCACUGCUCCUGGCUGAGCAGGAGAAAGAGCAACAGCGCCUCCGUCUGGAGCUUGAAGAGACAGAGAGAAGGCUGAAGGAGCAGGGCUGUGUGCGGCCUCUGAGUGGGGAUGCUUGUGGGUGGAAGUGUAGGUCUAUGAGUGACAGCUGUCCUGUUGUGAGCCCCUCCUGCCCAGGACUAAGCCCUGUCCACACGCCUUCAGAGCGAUCACCCGGACACAGUAUAGGUUUUCCCAGUCCUGUCAGUUCCAGCGUGUGCUCUCCUUCUGUCCAGCCUCCAGCUUAUCUGUGGGGCCCCACUUGGACAGCUAGCAAACCUCGAGCAAGGCAAAGUCUGGUUCUGACAGCAGAGCAGCAGAGGGCUUUCUGUCGAAUUGGCGCCAUCACUCGUGGCUUCCUCACUCGCCGACUGCUCAAAACAGAGAAGGUCAAACACCUGCGCCAGACCAUUGUGGAUACACAGGAGUUCAUCCGUUCAUUCCAGACUGAAGCUCCACAGAAGAAAUGCACCCUCUCAGCACAAGAUCUCUCACUGCAGGAGAGAGUUAAAGCCCAGUUACGUGCAGCCCUGUAUGACAUCCAUGACAUCUUCUUUGAAAUGCCUCUGGGGGAUCGAUUAGCAUUGCUGCAGCAGGACAGGGAGCUCCGGACAGAGAGGAGGCUGCGAGACAUGGAGAAAACCAAGUGCCCCAAGGAGAGAGUGGUUCUGUCUGCUGCUACACAGAGGUCUCUUGACAGGAAAAAGAGAGUUGGUGAAUCUCCAGCGCAGGCCAGGAAGAUGCAGCAGAAGCCAAAAAGCCCAACUACCAACAGAGUUCUGAAGCCAAGCCAAUGCCAAAAUUCUCCUGUCCCAGGCCAGCUGAACCGUCAGGGUCAUCACAGCAUGACACUGGCUGUUUCCUCUCAGGAGCUGGUACAGAAAGACCCCUGAGGAGAGAGUAAAGCGCUCAGACAGCCUGAAGAAGCAGCACUCUCUGGGUUGACAGGUGACUCAACAUCUCCUGACCUGUGAACUUGAAUUUUUAGUCUUUUAAUACAAACCUUGCACCACUGAAAUUCCAGUAAGCGCUGCUAACAACAUGACGGUCCUUAAUCUACCCUCUGAAUUUAAAUGAUUGUAUUCAUUAUCACAAUGCCAUUGUUUCUACUGUUGUAGCUAUAGAUGUUAGUGUCAACAAAUGAUUGUUAUAUACAAUGACUCACAUGUAGCUGGAGUAUUUAAUGACUAAGCAGGUACAUUUUACAUUUUCUGAAUCAAAAAUGUAAAAUGUAAAUAAGUAUCUGUACUUAAAUGCAACCCUGAGGAGGUUCAGAGCUAAAGGGAAAUAAGUAAAAACUAUUUAUCUGUGCCUAAGAACUAUGCCUUUGCUGUAUGAUGUAAUAUUUUAGCAUGCCUAUAUUUACCAGUUGUGUUCAUAAACGUCUAGUGCUUAUAGCUGUGAAUUCACAAACAUCAGUUUCAUGCCACUCACUAAUGUAGUUUGAAUGUGUAUAGUUUAUUAAUUUCAAGUUUUUUGUUUAAGGGCUUUGAGAACCUAUUUGUGCAUUGUUUUUUUUAUUUAAUGGUGCUGAGUUCACAGUACUCUGAGGCAUUUCACUUUAUUUCAACAUUUGGCUUAAGUCAAUACAUAAUGAGAAAAAAAAAAGUACAUGAAAUUGUUCACACACUGACAUGCUGUUACAUUAAUGUAGCUUCACAUAGCAGCAGAUGCACUGCAGGCAUUCAGUGUUGAGUUUGCUCUAGAAGUAGAACUAAACUAUGAAGAGCAUAUAAAAUGCAUGCUAAAUUUUCUAAAAUGUUUUCCCUUAUUUCCCAGUAAGGAAAUAAGAGAUAGACUCUGAAUACAGGAAUAUUGAUGUGAACAUACUAUAAAAGCCACAUAUUAAUAAAUUGGUAUUCUCACUUGUUCACUGCGAUGCCACAUUGACUUUACACUUGUGUGUCAGUAGUAUAUAGUGUGUUGAUGUUGUUCACAGACAUUGCUGUGCUCUCUCUUUUUUUUUUUUUAAAUUUAAAAUCCCAAAUUGUCAUAUUUUCUAUGACCAGAAUAAAUUCUGAAAUUAUUUGAAUUUUCUGGGGUUGUGCUGUUGUUCAUGAUAUAAUGGAGAGAUAUUUACAGUGAAACUGGCUGGACAAGCCCUGCAAGGGAGUAAAUUACAGUUAAAGAUCUAAUGAUGAGGUGCUGUUGACAUUAAUAUAAUUUAAUCUUAGUUGUGGUCCUUUAAAGCACAUUAAUCCACUUGAAGCUCAUUUUCUCCUAUUUGCUUUCAGUUGAAAUUACUGCAUUAUUUUGGAAACAUAUUUCUUGUGUUUAAGAUAUUUUUCAUUUCACUUUGACCUAUGUAUAGGUCAUGAGGCCACAUGCACAUUGUUUUUUUGUUUUUUGUUUUUUUUAUACUACUUUUAGCUGUGAAACUGGACUGUGAAUGGAAUCCAUUGUAAUCCAUGAAUCCAUGAUUGAUCUGUCAUCCAUAUGAAGAAACAACCUAAACACUUUUUUAUAACCACACUUCAAGCAGUGAGACUAAUUACAAUUUUUUGAAUGUACAACAGGAUACAUAUUACAAUGACAAGACCAGUACGCACACUAGUCACUCUUUUGCUUUCUGUAUUAUAGCCAUUCUCAGUGUAUUUAAAAUUCAAAAGACAGGUACACGUCUAAACAUCAUAUAGAGUUGGCCUCAUCAGCACAUUAGAGACAUUAUGAUAAACAAGGUUCAUCAGUAGUUCUUUCAGUAACAGCGACUUGGAUCAUGAUACAACUGAACCAUGUAGUCACCCAGUAUCACUGUGUUUAAUAUCUACUCUGUAGAAUGUACAAAAUGUGGUCAUCUCAGAUUAAUAAAUGAGAGACAUUCUGUUUCAUAAAAAUUACUAAAUAUCUUCCACAGCUACAUAUAUAAUGACUUGUUAAAACCUGAAACUUUUCAACUCCAUCGCCAUAGUCACUAAGUAAACAUGAUAUUACAUCAAAGCCAAUGCCCAGGGGCUUGUAGUCCCAGUGUGAAAUAGCAACUCACCUGCUGGCACAAAAAAAAAAAAAAAAAAAGAUAAAGUAAACCCUAAAGUAAAAAAAAAAGGACAAUGUUGAGAGAUUAUCAAAGAUAUUUCAAAAAGUUGAUGGCAAGGCAAGUAACACCUACUGUAUGUAUUUACAAAUCACAAGAUUCAUGUAGCCCUAAGUAGUCAAGUGUUAUGGUGUGCUGCUGCAAGCACUUUAUCCAUCCAGAGACUCUAAUAUCUCUCGUAUGUGUUUGGUAGAGGCACAAGCCAACCAUCCACAUACAUACAUUUACUCCUAAUAUCCUCUAAGAAGAAAGCUUUAGGCUGAUUUGUCCUUUCACCUCUUACAAAGAUAGUCUUUGAUGCAUUGUUGGUACUCAUGUUGCUGAACAGUGCAUCAGCUUUGAUGUCAUACAGGUGCACCACAAUGACUGGAACAGCCUUGCACAAACAGGUAGAUGUGCAAACACAGUUCUCUUUCAAAAGCAAAAUCAGCUGUAUUUCUCCAUAGCUGCCAUUCUUGAGUUUAACAGCACAGUCUGUUGUGUCUGACUGUUCACAGUUUGUAGAGUGAUAAACAAUGUUUCCAUCAGUGAAGCUAUCAAAAGCUUCAACUGAUUUGACAGGGACUGGUUGAUUUAAGAGUUCUUCUAUUGCUAGUUUUAUGGAUCUUGUGAGAUCCAGAUGCUGUGAUUUUCCAAAGGGGCUGUGAGAGCCACUGGCAUCAUUUACAGGUGAGAGCUUGGUUAAUGUUUCACCAAAAUCUGAAUGCUGGUUGAAAACUAAAGAAGUAAGGUGUCGGGGUAUGUGCUGCCAAAUACAAAACCUCUGGGAAAUGUGUUGAGGGUUAUCAUUUGUGUCAGUGAGCAGAUCCCUUAAGUUUCCACUGUUUCUCUCAAAACUGAAUGCUGAUGUUGCCCACAGAGGACCCCAGUUCUGCACACUUUCUGUUAAGUGAAUUAACUGAUGGCAGUUGAAAGACACAUUUUCUUCACCAUAAAGUUCUUUCAUGUUUACUACAAAGUAUACCAAGUACUCAUUGGCCAGCUGAAGGUCAUGAUGGGAUAUUGAUUCUUGUAACAGAAUGUGAAUACCAAACAUCAAGUAAAAGUAAUGUUCCAGAAACAGAGGAUUGAGGAUACCUGGCAGGACAUGAAUGGCAUAAAAUAACAGGAAUGCUCGCCACUCUGAUGCUUUCCAAUUGUUCCUACACUGCAGUGAUCGUGGAGAUCUGGUUCUAUCUAAUGGUGGCUUUAGACGGAGAAGACGGGAGUCCAUUUGUGAAAUCUGUUGACCUACAUACCAAGGUUUCUCAGAGUUAACUGGGUCCAACCACAGAGACAUAAGCUGUUUGCACACACCAACUAGAACUGAGUGCAUGUAGUCAGGAACAAAACCAAAAACAAUGUCAAACAAGGGAAGUAUGGAGAGCAAGGAUAACCCUUUUACUCCAUUUUUUGGUGCGUUUGUUUUUUCAGCCUGUCUAGCAUCAUCCCUAAACAUUUCGUUUGACCUUGCUGCUUGUUUCAUUUCAUCGUAUGGGUAAGACCUCACGCAUCCAGAGCCCUUUUUGACCACGGUGCCAGGGUGUAAACACCAGUCGCAGCCAUAUUCUCCAUUGAAUUGUUUGCAAUUCCGGAGGAGUGGCCUUGCCACGGCGUCAGAAGAACAAACCAAAGAGAAGACUUUUGAGGAGUGAACUGUGCCACUGCUGUCUCUCCACUGAAAUUGAUUGUGGGCUAAAUCACAGCACUCAUCUAUGAAAGGCUUUAGGAAUGUGUUCAUCUUGGGUUUUUCUGGACCAAACCAAAGUCCUGCAACAAUCACAUUUUCCUUUCUUUGUGUGUACGGAAGUUCAUUAAUAGUAAACUGAAGAGGCCACACUGAAUAUCUGGGUGAGUAAAUUGGUACCUCAUCACAGUUCCAUAACAGUGUAAGGUCAUCUGCAGACAAUCUACCUUGUUUUAGCAGAUUCUGGUAUAUCAUCCCAUCCAUCACAUCUUUGAUGUCAUGUCCACAGUUGACUGUUUUAGGUAACAACUCAUGGCCAUGGUUCAUAAGGAUGUCUUUCAGAAGGUCUUUCAGUGAUGCAAACAAGAAGAAGUGUCCACUUUGAGUACUAUUUGCUCUGUUGAACAUUUUGCCACAGUGCAAACAAGGAGCAUCAACAGGAUUUUUCCCCAUGUAUUUUUGACAGUUCUGGCAGUAAAACACAGUGGACAGGGGGAUCUUAUCAGAGAGAUACUUAGAUGCAACAACCAGGUUAUGGAUGAGAAAAUUCAGUAGAGCCAUUAAGUCCCUGUGAACAGCAGCAGAAUUUAGAUGAUGACGCAGCAUAAAGAGUACAACAGCAAGUAGACCUUGUCCUUGAGUUACUG